AUCGAGGGCAUCGAAGUCCCCCAGCAGGAUCAGAGCCCGCGAGCGGGAUGGUUCCUGUCGUUGAAAUACUGGAAAGAGUGGAAACGGUUGGAAAGUUGUACCUGGAGCUUCUCAGCGUUGGCAACAUCCUCUUCAUCGACUGGAAGGCUGACAUCUACUGCAACCCCCACCAACGUGUGAAAAUCUACACGGAGUUUGGAAUUGCUGGGAUCCUCGUUCAGAGCACAAGACCCCUCCUGGAGGAGCUGGGCAACCUCUCUAAAGCGAUGGAGCGUUGCCUGGCAGAGUGGAAGAAGUACCUGAAGACUCAAAGGGACACCUACUAUCACCUCAACCUGUUCACUGCUCACCAGCUCUUCUAUUUAUGCAGCCAGCUGGCCAGAGUCCAGAAGGGCGUCGUAGAACCGCAGGUGCUCGUCAUGCUUUCUGUCAUCAAGCGUGACAUCAAAGAAGAAGAUCUCAAAAAAGCCCUGGCGGAUGCGCUGAUGACUCCUCAGGACUCUGUGAAUACCUUGGCAGGAGGCGAGGAGUCGGUUACCUGGCAUGACUACAUCGUUCGUUUUCCCCAGUUCAUCAAAAGCUUGGCCGAAUCGGGCUACGAUGAGUCGGUGGCGAAGGCAGCCUUGCAGAGCUGCCUGUCCAGCUCGCCCAUCACGGAGCAGAUGCUCAUGGAUUUCGCCUUCGAGCAGGGCGACGACAAGGAGUUGGUGGAAGAGCUCAGCCGGUUGUACGAGGAGACGAGGGAAGCCUUUCUGCAGAAGAGACGGAAAUUUAAGACCGGGAACGGAGACGUUGACCAGGUUUCCUUCAGCAGCCUGGCACGGGACGAGCUGGCCACCUCCUUUGAGAGCUUGCCGUCUAUUUACGACAAGGUGAAUCUGCUCUGGGAUGCCUAUUGUAAGAAAUUCACUGGCCUGGUGUCCGAUAAAUACAUAGGCUUGGAUGUUUUUGGGGAGACGCUGAAGCGCUUGGCCGCUCUAGAAAGCACACGCAUUGAGAGAAGUUUACCCAUAGGCUUUGAAGCGGGAAAACCGCUUCUUGUCACGUGUAAGGAAGAGGAAAUGUUACCCAACAUGUUAUUUGUCUACCAACACACCGAGACGGCACCUCUCCCAUCGUAUGACGAGGUCCUGGUGUGCACACCUGACACGGAGGAGGAAGAGGUGGAGCUGCUUGUCAGGAGAGCUCUUUCCCCAGGUUCCCAAGACCAGAAGAUCUACUGUCUGCUGGGCGCUGAUCAAUUAGUUUAUAAAGUUUCCAAAAAACUUGAGUCCCACUUCUUCCACCUGGUGCAAUCUUCCAGCAUCCCCAACUACAGAUUCAUCAUCUUCUGCAGCGCCAAAGCUCACAAAUCCUAUGUGAUCACGGCCUUCGACGCCUACAAGGUGACUUUCCCAUGCUACUCCAAGACGGAAAUCCAGACCUACCUGAAAAUGCAUCUCAAAGUGCCGAGUGGGACGGCCCCCAUCGCUCAAGCCUUUGAAGAGCCCCAUCAGCAGAACGUGAAGUUUGUCUUUUCGGAGCGAGCGGGAAUGGGGAAGUCUCUCUUUGUGGACAAUACCAUCAGGAAGGUCCGUGCCCAGCUGGGUGGCACGCUACCGCUUCAGAAAACCAUUAGGCUGAUGGAGUCAGAGAUCGAUUUCCAGUUCUUCGUCAAGGAGCUCAUCUCUAUCGAGGAAUCCUUGACCGAACUUCAGCCCAGCAUCUUCCACAUCGAUGUGUCUCCAGUGGUGUCAAAGGGUCUCUACCGGCUGCUGAUUGACCUGUGCAUCCUGCGGCACAUCCAGAGUCCCAACGGCUUGGUCUGGAAAUGCAAACCCUCUCACCUUUACUUGAUUGAGUACCUGGCAAAAAAGAAAGGCGUUAGCAGUACGAGGAAGCAAGAGAUGUCCAUUGAAAUGGAAGAAAAAUUCCUGGAUCUUUUUCCUACCGUGGAAUGUGUAUCGCCACUGCGGGUGCUCGAUUCGCUGGGAGAUCCCAGCUCUGUCCCUCCUGCAGAAUUGAGGGAGGAACAGUUUGACCGGGACAAGCUAAAUAGUGAAGUUUUCCAAAGGUCCUACCAAUACCUCAGCAGAUACAAACGAAAGGAAAACCUCGACGGUUUCACUUUUGUCCCUGGAAGGAUUGAAGGGACAGAGAAAGAAUGCCUGGCGUGCUUGAUGGAGUUCUGCGGGAGAAGCGACCCCUCCUGGACUGAGCUCAGCAACUUCACGCACUUCUUGAACUUCCAGCUGAGAAAGUGCGAGCAAUCGGUCUUCUUCAGUCCGGUGGUUGGAGCGGAGUUCUGCGGCUUCAAAACAUUCGUCAUCAAGUUCAUGGUCGCCAUGUCCAAGGACUUUGCCAUGCCUUCCCUCAACAUGUCUGACGAAAGCGUGCUGAGCGAGGAGCGGAAGGAGACGGACAGUGUUUUGAGAGAGUACCAGCUAAGACGCAAGUGGGAGCAAGAGUCUCACCCGUACAUAGUCUUCCACGCGGAGGGUGAUUCCAUGGAGUUUUUGGGUUUCCACAUCAACCAGAACUUUGACGCUAUUGAUGCUUAUUCCCAGGCUGUUUUGGAGCCGGCGGUUAUAAGCCGGAAUUUAUACAUGACCUUGGCACACCAGAAUGUUCCUUUCAAUAAGAAAUUUGAAACCUUACCCAGAACCGAGCAGUUGGAGGCCCUCUGCCGAGUCUUUGGCGUGAAAUGCCGGGAAGAUCCAGAUGCUUCGUACCAGUUGACUCUGGACAACACCAUGAAGAUGUUGGCUAUUCACCUGCGGUUCCAGUGUGGCAUCCCUGUGAUCAUCAUGGGCGAAACGGGUUGUGGGAAGACAAAGCUGGUGCAAUUCAUGUGCAACCUGCAAAGGGCGGGCAGGAAAGUUCAGAACAUGAUGGUGGUGCGCGUUCACGGCGGCACCACCACCAAGACCAUCCGGGAGAAGGUGAGGCAGGCCGUGGAGCUGGCACGUGCCAACGAGGAAGAGCACAACAUGGACACGGUGCUCUUCUUCGACGAAGCCAACACCUCGGAGGCCGUCUUUGCGAUCAAAGAGGUGCUGUGUGACCACAGCGUCAACGGAAGGCGAAUUUCCACCGACCGCUUAAAAGUGGUGGCCGCUUGCAACCCUUACAAAAGACACACCAAGGAGACCAUUGAGAAACUGGAGAAAGCUGGCUUGGGAUACCGAGUCCGGAGCGAAGACACUCCCGAGAAGCUGGGUUACAUUCCUUUGCGGCAGUUGGUGUAUCGGGUGCAGCCCCUUCCUCCCAGUUUAUUGCCUCUGGUCUGGGAUUUUGGGGAGCUGAACGAGAAGACGCAAAGCCUGUACAUCAGGGAGAUCGUGAAGUCCACCGUGGAGACGAAGAUCCCUGCGGGAAACCUGGACGUCUUCACCAAUGUCAUUUCAGCCUCCCAGAAGUUCCUGAGAGAGAGGAAGGACGAAUGCAGAGUUGCCAGCCUCCGGGAUAUAGACCGCUGCAUGAAAAUAGUGCUCUGGUUUUAUGACUUAAGGGACCUGCUUUUCCACCAGAUCGAUAUGAAGAGGCAGCGUGAGGAGGAAGAGGAGCCGGCCUUAAAUGACGCGCAAAGGGCUUUGGUCCUGUCGGUAGGGGUCUGCUACUACGUGUCUCUGGAGAGCCGCCGGGAGUACCUGGAGGAGGUUGCAAAAUGCUUCUCAGUCCCCGCGUCCCUGCUGCAGCAAGAGAUCGAGUUGUGCCAACAGGUAUUUCUCGAUAACGUCUCUGUUCCUAAAGCGACAGCCUGCAACAGCGCUCUGAGGGAGAACAUCUUCAUGAUGGUUGUCUGCAUGGACCUCCGCGUGCCGCUCUUUCUGGUUGGGAAGCCGGGAAGCUCCAAAUCUCUCUCUAAAACCAUUGCCGUAGACGCCAUGGAAGGCACGUUGUCCAGAAGCCCCUUGUUCAAAAGAUGCAAAGAGGUCCAACUGGUCUCCUUCCAGUGCAGCCCCCAUUCAAAACCAGAAGGCAUCAUCUCCACUUUCCGACAAUGUGCUCAGUUCCAGAAGGGCAAGAACCUGAAUGAGUUUGCGUCCGUAGUCCUGCUGGACGAGAUUGGUCUCGCGGAAGACUCGCCCGAUAUGCCGUUGAAGACGCUGCAUCCUCUUCUGGAAGACGGAUGCGUUGACGACGAGAAUCCGGAGGCUUACAAGAAGGUUGGCUUUGUGGGCAUCUCCAAUUGGGCCUUGGACCCUGCCAAAAUGAACAGGGGCCUCCUCGUCUUUCGGACUGAACCUAGCAAGGAAGAGCUGGUCAAGACUGCCAAAGGCAUCUGUGCUGACCAACCUCACCUUGAAAGAAUCGAGCAUUUGUUCCCCAUUCUGGCAAACUUCUACUGCAACGUGCUGAAAACGCAGGAAACGGAGUUCUUCGGGCUUCGGGACUUCUACAGCUUAAUCAAAAUGGUUGCGUCCUACAUGCAGAACACGAAGCACGGUUCUCAAGAGGAGCUCCUCGUAAAGGCCAUCCAGAGAAACUUUGGAGGCUCCCAAGAUAUCCGUCCUCUGGAAAUCUUCCGGAACUGCACCAGCGAGGUACGUCUUACCGAUGCCAGGGAAACCAGCUGCAUCCGUCUGCUGGAGGAAAACAUGGAGAAACAGCAAGCGGGAUUCAUGUCGCGUUACCUCCUGUUGAUAACGACCAACAACGCCGCCUUUCAGAUCAUCCAGAUGACGGGGCUUAUCGACACCGGCAACUGUGACAUUAUAUUUGGCUCCGGCUUCCCACGGGACCAGGAUUAUUCCCAGGUGUGCCGCUCCGUGAACAGGGUGAAAAUUUGCAUGGAGAUAGGCAGGCCCGUUGUCCUCCUCAACAUACAGAACCUUUAUGAGAGCCUUUACGAUACGCUCAAUCAAUGCUUCGUCAGCCUGGGUGACAAUUACUACGUCGACCUGGGCCUUGGCACUCAUAGGGUGAAGAGCCGCGUGAAGGAGGAAUUCCGGCUGAUUGUUAUAGAGGAGAAGAAAGUGGUCUACACGCAGUUCCCCACCCCUCUGCUGAGCCGUCUGGAGAAACAUUGCUUGGACAUGAACACCAUCCUCAACUGGCAACAGCGAGACCUGAAGCAGGACCUGGAGAGAUGGGCCGGUCGGUUCGUCCGUAUCGAGAACGCGGAUUCGUCCGUGCUCUGGUCCCGCGCGCUCGCUCCCAAGGAACACGACGUUUUCGUCGGCUUCAGCGACGACACGUCUGCCACCGUCGCACUGGAGAGCUCCCAGCAAGCCCGCUGCGACGGCUACGAACGCUACGGGGAGCAGAUCCUCUCCGCUGCCAUAAGCAAACUGGUGGAGUGUGCCACUCCUGACUCCAUCCUGCGCCUUAAAUACUGUGAUCUGGAGGACGCCGAGCGGAUCCAGGACCUGUAUUUCAUCGAGCAGAGGCACAACAGCCUGACCGGCCUCUUGCGCGAGAUGAUGAACCAACACGAGAAGAAGGGGAGCGCCGCCGGGCUGUGCCUGCAGGUUUCUACCCAUGCCAGGCUGCUAAACCAGAAGGAUUUAGAAGUGCUGAGGAAGACGCUCAAGCUCCCCGAUACAAUCCACUGCCUCUUCCUAAGCCAGUUUGACACCGAACAUGCUUUCCGCCAGGACCUCAGGAAUUUCUUCAGAGAGCCGCAAGAAACGAGACUGCUUCUUGUUCAGUUUCAUUUCGAUGAGCCGCAGAGCAGCAAAAGACUCCUGGCGUGUGCCAAGUACUGCAUCACAGAUGAGCAGAGGAGAUCAGCCAGCCCCCAUCUGUUGCACGUCGUGCUGAUCACUAAAGUCCCGCGGGUCCUGGGAGGGUGCAGCUACCUGGCUUUUGACAGCGGCAAGUGGAAGUCCAUCCACUUGGAUGACCUGAUGCCCCCAGAGAACUUUAAGGCCAAUCUCGGCCACCUCUCCAAAAUGACCAUUGCCGAGAUUUUCCUGAGCAGCUCCCUGCAGCAGCAUCUCCCAGCAGGUUCUCCGGAGGAUUCUGCUGCCCUGGGGAGCCUCACCAUGUCAGGUCGUUACCCGGACGAAAAUCCGCAGUUCCUUGAUGUGGACUCAAUGAUCAAAGGGAGCAUCCAGAAGGCCGUGAUCCAGCUGGAGGACAAGAAGGACAACAGCCAGCGUGCAACGGAGAGAAUCAAGAUCCUUCACAACUUGCUUUUCCACAGUCAGAGUAGCGUUUCCAGCCACUUUAUGACCAUCCUGAAGAAGAGAAUUUGUUACCUCCUACAAGAACGAGAGAAACCGAUCCACGAGCCAAGGGGAUGGAUUUUCCGCCGGGCUCUUUCUACCAGCUUCAUCCUGGAAGACACAUCGUUCAGGCAAGCACUCUGGAUGUACCUGGAAGACAUUGUGGCGAACGUCUUUGCCCAAAUUCUCGCCGUGGUGGAUGCCAACAACAACCUGGAUCACAUCUUUCAAGGCGCUCCACUCGCGGAACUGUGGCUCCAGAUGUUCCAAGAAGCAACAGUCCUAAAAAUUAAAUACACCAGCAAGCCGGCAGAUGCUAAGAUUUCCGUGUUGUCCAUGACGGAAGACCCCAACACCUCCCUCUUCUGCCGGUUCCCAUUCAGUUGGGUUUUGAAAGCCUACCUGGACGACGUAUGGGAGAAGGUCUAUCAUAUGAAAGAUAAGCCCAAGAAGCCAACAAAGGAAGUGGUCAGGUUCUACCAAGCCUUCAUCAAGAACGUCUUGAUGCCAGACGGCAGCAAUCUAGGUGUGCUACGCUGCUACACACCGACGACUUUCUCAGGAUGGCUUUUCCUCGACAAGAUCUCUCUGUCUAUGAGAUUCUCUCAAAAGUUUUCCUCGCCAACGCAGCACAACUCUGCUCUUCCGUGGGCGGAGGGGAGAUGGGCUUUUCCCCAGUUUGGCUUCACGUAGAAUAUUUCUACCUCCGAGACGAUUAUCAGCUCUUCGUCGACAUAGCAAAAAGCAACGAUGCCGUCGUAGGCGAGUUGCAGGCGAUGUAUGAGAAGACGACCCCAGAAAUGUUUGUCACCCUCGAUGCUUUGAACAUUCUCCUGAAGAAAGUGCAGCCCUCCGAAAAUGGACUUUUGCCCUUCGACGCCUGCAUAGCGUGGCUCGAAAGUGUCAAGUCCAUCAAGCCCUGGGUGGAGUGGAUCAGUCUGGACAACUACCAGCUUCAGUUCUACCAGAAGAAGAAGGAACUCCUAGAC